AUGUCACUAAAAAUAGCGUACUACUUCGCCGCGCUACUAGCGCUUCUUUGCUUGCUGCAGCAACUGGAGAGCACCUCUGCGGCCAACACUCCUCACAUACAGCGCGUGUUGACGCGGGAGGAGCUUGCAGCGCGACGGCAGUUACGUCAUCAAAAACAACCACAACUGAAUAAUAAAUACAAUAAUCAAAAUAGUGGACACGCCGAGGAAGACGAUGACGAUGACGAUGAUAAUGAUGAAGAUGAAAGCGAGGACGAGAAUCAAGCCUUGAGAGAUGAAAAUACCGAAAAUACCGCUGCUCAAGCGCAAACUGAAAGCAACACUGGCGGCGCGGCAGCUGAGUUGCCCAACACAUACAAGAAAGGCGUCUACAGCGAGUCGCGCGCUCGUCGCAGACGCGGUCGUAGAGGUGGACGCCCUAGGGGUCCAAGAGUAGUGCGUAAAUCAAGGAGACCACAAUUCGGUUAG